AUGGCCAAACUCUCGCACUCGUUGUUAUGGCUCGCCGCCUCCAUCGCCCAUCCCGCAGCGGCGCUCCCCGGCGAUGUGAGCGCUGUGGACGCGGUCGCGGCUAAGCGCUCAGAAGGCUUGUCUGUUCUGUCCGUCGACAUUCGCGCACUCCCCGAUUCGCCGAGCGACCGAGAGGCCGAGUGGCUUCCCCGUCGCCGGAACAACACCAUUGACCCCAUGCGCGAGCUCCUCACCCGCGCCAACAUCCCCGACUUUGACGCAGGCGCCUACAUUGAUCGCGUGCGUGACAACGCCACGGCGCUGCCCAACAUCGCCAUUGCCGUGUCUGGCGGCGGCUACCCUCUCCGGCGGAGGGCUGGCUCGUCGGCUCCAUCUUCGCCAACAACUUCUCCACCGUCCCUGAUCUACAACCAAGGGUCCGAUGGCUCCUCCGUCUGGCGCUUCGACCGUUCCCAUCUUCCGUGGGCCCGAGGAAGUCCGGCAUCUCCCAUCCUCAACACCGGCCGACUACUGGUCGACCGUCGUCGGCGGAUGUCGCCCGCAAGGGUGCUGGCUGGGACACCAUCAAUCACCGACUUUUGGGGCCGCGCACUCUCCUAUCAGCUCAUCAACCCCCCGGACGGCGGGCCGGCCUACACCUUCUCCUCCAUUGCCGACACGGGAGCAGUUCGAAGAACGCCGGACACCGCCGUUCCCCAUCCUGGGUCGCGGACGGCCGUGCGCCCGGUGAGCGCAUCAUCUCCCUCAAUGCCACCCGUCUACGAGUUCAACCCCUUUGAGCUCGGCAGCUUUGACCCCACGACCUACGGCUUUGCGCCGCUGCGCUACCUGGCCUCCAACUUCUCCAACGGUGAAAUCGCCCGCGAUGGCGAGUGCGUCCGCGGUUUCGACCAGCUGGGCUUCGUCAUGGGCACCUCGUCCUCUCUCUUCAACGCCUUUAUCCUGCAAAAUGUUACCGGUGUCGCCGAGAGUGCGGACAUUCCCAAGUUCCUCAUCGAGUCCGUGACCAACGUUCUCGAUCGCCUCGACGCCGACGAAAACGACAUUGCCCAGUACGCGCCCAACCCGUUCUUCGGCUGGAACCCGACCAACGACUCGGCCAACCACGAGUCCGACCAGCUGUCCCUCGUCGACGGCGGAAUGGACCUUCAGAACAUCCCGCUGCACCCCCUGAUCCAGCCCUUCCGCGCCGUCGACGUCAUCUUCGCCGUCGACUCCUCGGCCGACACGACUUUCAACUGGCCCAACGGCACCGCCCUCCGCGCGACCUAUGACCGCGCCGGCACCGCCAUCGGCAACGGCACCCUCUUCCCGCCCGUGCCGGAUGCCGAGACGUUCGUCAACCAGCGUCUCAACCAGCGCCCCACCUUCUUCGGAUGCGACGCGAACAACUUUACCCUCGAGGACGGUCAGUCCUUGCCGCCGCUCAUCGUCUACGUCCCCAACGCGCCCUACACCGCUCACAGCAACGUCUCGACCUUCAACCCGUCCUACCCGACCGCCCAGCGCGACGCCAUCAUCCGCAACGGCUUCAACGCCGCCACGCAGGGCAAUGCUACGGUCGACAGCGAGUGGCCCGUUUGUGUUGCCUGCGCCGUCCUCAGCAGGAGCCUGCACCGCGGCAACGAGACUGUGCCAGAAGCGUGCACGCGCUGUUUCGAGCGGUACUGCUGGGACGGAUCGACCGAUUCGGCGAGCGUCAGCUCCUUCGAGCCAGGCUUCAUUAUCGGGUCCGAUGAAAAGGAGGAUGCUGCUGGCAUUGUGCGCGCAAGCUUCUGGGGCGUGGGUGUGAGCUUGGCUGUUGCGGCGCUGGUGAUGUGGUAA